UUUCCAACAGUUGUAAAAGGUUAUUGUCAAAGUCAGCUGUGAAGAAGGAAAAUUGAUAAGAAAAUUUUCCAAUGCUCAGGAAAAUGACAGAGACGGAAAUAAAACAAGGUUUAAAAUUUGUUUUAUCCAAAAUAGAAGAAGCAUGUAGCCGACGUACAAAAGAGGUUGGACAAAUUAAUCCUAGAUUAGUAGCCGUUUCAAAAACAAAACCUGUUGAAUCUAUCAUAGAAGCUUAUGAGGCAGGUCAAAGACAUUUUGGGGAAAAUUAUGUCCAGGAAUUGGAGGAGAAAGCUUAUAAUAAACAGAUCUUGGAAAAAUGCAAAGAAAUAAAGUGGCACUUUAUUGGCCAUCUUCAAGGAAAUAAAGUAAACAAAGUUGUAAAUGUACCGAAUUUAUACAUAAUCGAAACUGUUGAUUCCCAAAAGUUAGCUAGGAAACUGAACAAUAGUUGUACAUCUAGCGGUGAAGGAAAUUCCAAACUAAGGGUAUUCAUACAAGUAAAUACAAGUGGUGAAAAAGAAAAAAGUGGAUGUAUCCCAAAUGAUAUAAUAGAUAUGGUAAGUUUCGUUAAAAACGAAUGCCCUAAUCUACAAAUCGACGGAUUGAUGACAAUUGGAGAUGCAGAUCACUCGCAAGAAGCUCAAAAUCCUGACUUUUUGAAACUCAUUCAAUGCAAGAAGGAGGUAUGUCAGAAAUUCAACAUUCCUGAAGAAGAAUUUGAACUCUCCAUGGGUAUGUCUGGAGAUUUUGAACAUGCGAUUGAAAUGGGAAGUACAAAUGUGCGCGUAGGAUCGGCUAUUUUUGGAUACAGGGCAAAGAAGAAUACUUAAUAUCCAACAUUCCACGAAAUAUUACUUUUCUUUGUUAUUUUAGUGUGAAUAAAUCUGUAUAUUGCUGUUCA